AUGACGGUCUCAACCCUUGGGAGUGCCCUGGGCAGAUUGACCACGUAAUGAAUGUUACAAGACCUGGCAUUCCAGUGCAGGAGUUCGGGAGGUGCUCCCUUGAAGGGAGUAGGUGGACCUCUAAUCUCAAUAGAUUUGGAUCAACGUGGCACGGAUUUCGGAAUGACUACUGGUCAGUCUCAGCUGGACCUUAUGCUGAAGGUCACCACCAUGCCUUAUGUUUCGAGCAAGUUGAUGGUGCUGUAAGUGAGAUUUCUGCUGGUAUUAUAGCAGCUCAGUCUGUCUCUUCGCUUCAAAUUGCAGUAGACGGGGAUGAAGAAAUCGACAUCCUUGACAGAAUGCAAAGGGGUAUGUAAUUUAAACCACACAUUUGAAAUGGUGGUAGUUUGGUUUUGUACAUGUUCUCAUAAUUGUUUAACUCUUUAUGGUUGACCUGAAUCCUGCCGUUUGCCCGGGAGAUUAGUCUGUCUUUUUUGGGGAGUUCUAAGUUAUCUUGUACCCAGUGUUGUUCUUAUCGUCAGUCCCUAAGCUCGCAAAUUCAACAUGCAGUUUGUGUUGAUGUGCUCAAAGGGCACUCUCAGCAGCAGUUUGAAUGCAUUCUUGCUAAACUCCGUUCACUCAGAUCAUUAGUCUUGUGGCUUGUUGAAUUGUAUUUUUAAGAAUUUGUAUUAUAGAAAAUGUUAUGCUUCAAUGACUUAACUGGCUGUCAACAUUAUCUA